GCUACGGACAGGACAGCCGAAGAAGAUAUCAUGAACGCCGCUAGCGUCUAUCAGCUAAGUGGCUAGCUCCAUGCUAGAAAGGUAACACUAAUGCUUGUUCCCUCAAUAUUGACUCGAUAUGGGCAAGAGAGACAAUCGAGUGGCAUACAUAAACCCUAUCGCUGCUGCUCGGGCCAGGGGACCUGUGCAGAACUCAGGACCAACCAUACAGGAUUACCUGAGCAGACCUCGACCAACAUGGGAAGAGCUGAAGGAGCAGCUAGAGAAGAAGAAAAAGGGCUCUCGAGCCCUGGCUGACUUUGAAGAUAAAAUGAACGAGAAAUGGAGGAAAGAGUUGGCUAAAAACAGGGAGAAAAGGCUGGGCGACAAAGAAAGAGACAAAAAAUCAAUGGACAAAGAAGACAAGAAAGACAAAAAAGAGAAAAAGAAGAAGGAGAAGAAGAAGUCUAGCAGGCAUUCUUCAUCUUCCUCCUCCUCAUCGAGUUCUGAUUCUUCCAGCAGCUCUUCCUCCGAGUCUGAAGACGAGGAAGAAAAGAAGAGUCUAAAGAAGAAACGUAAGAGAAAGAAAUCCUCAGCCAGGAGAGCGUCGGACAGCUCAGAGGAAGACUCGGACGCUGAAAGCAAGAAAAGGAAGAGAAUCAAGGAAGAAAGAGAUAAAGAUAAGAAUGAAAAGGAUCGAAGGCGGAAAAGAAAAGCUGAGAGGACUUACAAAGACUCCUCCUCUGAGUCGUCGGUUGAAUCGAUUGGGGAAGAGGUACUAAAUGUCAGUUAUGAUUUCUAGAAAGGGAAGUAAACUCCUGAGAAUAAUAUUUGGACAUCAAUACUUGUGUAUUUCCUCACAUUUAUAUUGUUUAAUUGUGAUUGCCAUAAAGGUACCUUUAGCUGUUGUUCUCCUGCCUCCACGUAGUAACUAAGCUUUAUUGUUUUAUUUUUAACUUAUUCCUCUUUUAACAUUGGUAAAAUUAACUGUAGGUAAGAAAAUGCAUUUUUUUAAGCUUGUAUGCAGUUCCUUUCUUCGUACAGAUAUUUACAUAAACCAUCAAUGUUUCACAGUUAAAACAGAAAUGUUCUAAUUUCAGUACUUGUUUAUCAGCUGUUGAAGCACAUCUGAAUAAGACACUUAAGUCUACACUUACCUUGUUGCAGAAACUAGAUUACCUAAUUUAAAUCUGCAGUUUGACCUUUAUGUAAGUUUUCUGUGAUUACUCAGGACACAACUUCAUUUCACAACCACCAAGUCAAGCAGUCUUGGCAUCAUUUCCCUUUUGACCCUGACCAUGAGCUGUGCAUGAAGUUCACAUGACUGUAAAAGGUUUUCUUAAGGUUGCGUUGCUAAAAUCUGUCUCAGUAAUUAGAAUGCUACACACCUUGUCAACAAUUUUGUAAGAGAAAUACAUUCACUGAAAAAAACACUAGAUUUUUUUGUGACAUUUUUGCGAAAAAAUUAUAUUUCUUUUCUAAACUGAUUCUGUUAAUUGGAAAUAUUGAUUAUUUGAAUUAGGUUGAAAAUAAUAGACCCCUCCGCCCAAUAUCACCCCUAAAUAUUAUUAAAUCUGUCCUAGUUGGUGAAAGUUAAUCUAUAUUAUUUAGCGUUACAGUUUGGCACAGUUGAAUUAAUGAAACCGAUAAUGUGAUUUGUAUUUUCGGCGAUACAAAACUCCAUAAUUGUGAAAUGAAAGCCGUUACUGGAAAUGUGUUUUUUUAUGGGGUGGCUGUUGGUUUCUUCUUUUUGCAAUAACAUCGCUUUUAAUUCCUCCUGUAGCCYGAAGCAAAGAAGAAAAAGAGAAGUAGUGAAGAGAAGGAGAAAUUCACAGUUAAAUCCAAGAAGAAGAGGAAAAAGAAGCACAAAAAACAUGGCCGAAAAAAGAAAAAGAAGGCAGCGUCUCAGUCAGACUCGGAGCUUGACUAACAGCCGUAUUUUUAUGGCGCUCUUACUCUCCCAAUAGUUUACUAGUGGUGACUUUUUUUUUUGCCUUUGAGUUGUGAAACCCGCCUCCCGUCUCAGCUUCUGUCAUCACUUGGAGACCCUCAGACUCAAAGCGGUGGGGUUCAAAGGUUGGAGCUGAGACAGUCACGAUGCAGCUCUCUCUUGUUUUUAAUAAAUUUUUUGUGAAUUGGGUUUGAGUUACGCUCAAGAUGGAGGUGAUUUUUUUUUUUUUUUACUCAUUGGACAUUUUAGCACACCAGCACCUCACCCCCAUUAUGUCRGCCCUCAGACCCCGCCCCCCCAUCUCCACCACCACUGAUCAGUACUUCAUGCCCGACAGCUUUCAUUGGCUGUUGACUCGCGCCUGUGAUGCAUGUAGACCUGAUGAGCCGAUGUCACCAGCCUCAUAUUGAAGUUGGAGCUGUUAGCUACACAUGUAACAGUGAAUCCAAGGGGUAUCUGUUUCCUUAAAUGAGACGUUAACUUUGCAGUGUAAAUGUAUGAAAUACAGGAAUUCAACAAUAAAGUAUUGCUUUAGCCUUU